AUGUUGCUAGAAGAGCAGUGUGGAGAAGAGAGAAAUGUAGUCUAGCUGUCCUCGGUGCAGAAAAGAUUAGCUGCAGACCAAAUCAGGCUCAGGCCGGGCAGGUGCUCACUGUCAGGCUGUGAAGAGAAAAUUUAGCCAAAAGGCUUUUUCUGUGUGAGUGUCAGGAUUGCAGCGGAAUGAAAGAGAAGAAAGGGAGUCAUUCUGUGGCCCUUUAGUUAGAGAGAGGUAGGAAAUUCAGGAAUCAACCUAGAUAAUCUCAGCCAUUCAGGGACAAUGAAGUUGGAGGAAAAGCUUGAGUACAGUGAGAGCCUUGCUGGGAAAAGUCAGCCCUGUCUCCAUGACUCGCGUCAGGCAAAUGGCAAAGCAACAGCAAAUGGGAAACCAAGAGCAAACGGGAAAGCAGAGAUCUAUGAAAAGCAGGGGGCAAAUGGCACGAGCGACAGGCUCGGGAAAUGUCUCAACAUGUACACCUGGCAGGAGAUCCAGAGACACAAUCAAGAGGCCGACCAGUGGCUGGUGAUUGAUCGCAAGGUUUACAAUGUGACUGACUGGGCAAGCAAGCAUCCAGGUGGGCAUCGGGUCCUCAACCACUAUGCUGGGGAAGAUGCCACGGAUGCCUUCAGGGCGAUGCACCUGGAUCUGAAUGUUGUGCAGCUGUACCUUAAGCCACUGCUCAUUGGAGAACUUUCUCCAGAAGAACCCAGCCAGGAGAAAAACAAAAAUCCACAGUUGGUGGAAGACUUCCGUGAACUGCGCAAGAAGUUAGAGAAGAUGAACAUGUUCAGUGCCAACCUGGGGUUCUUCUUCCUGCACCUUGCCCAGAUUUUGGUUUUGGAAGUCUUAGCAUGGCUAGUACUACGUCAUUUUGGCAAUGGCUGGACUGUUACAAUACUUGUUUCCUUUCUCCUUACAGUUUCUCAGGCACAAAGUUCAUUUUUACAGCAUGACAUAGGACACCUUUCCAUGUUUAAGAAGUCCAAGUGGAACCACCUGAUGCACAAAUUUGUAAUGUGUCAUCUCAAGGGCCUGUCAGCUGACUGGUGGAAUUAUAGACACUUCCAGCAUCACGUAAAACCGAAUAUCUACCCUAAGGAUCCAGACAUUGAUGUGGGACCACUUUUCCUGCUUGGAGAUACCCAGCCUGUGAAGUAUGGUAAGAAGAAAAUAAAAUACAUUGACUAUGAGAAGCAACACCUGUACUUCUACAUGGUUGCACUUCCUCUCCUUAUGCCUGUCUACUUCAACUUCCAAUCCAUGCAAGUGAUGUACCUUCGAAAGUACUGGACAGACAUUGCUUGGGUCAGCAGCUUUUACAUCCGAUAUUUCAUCACAUUUGGCCCUUUCUAUGGAAUUUUUGGGACGGUGUUGCUCAUAUAUUUGGUCAAGCUUAUUGAGAGCCCAUGGAUUGCCUAUGUUACCCAGAUGAGCCACAUCCCCAUGAAAAUGAGCAGAGAGGAGAACCAUGACUGGCUCAGCACUCAGAUUGUGGCCACCUGUAAUAUUGAACAGUCCUUUUUCAAUGACUGGUUCACUGGACACCUGAACUUCCAAAUUGAACACCAUCUCUUCCCCACAAUGCCACGCCAUAAUUAUCACAAAGUGGCCCCUCUGGUGAAGUCACUCUGUGCCAAGCAUGGACUGCAGUAUAUAAAUAAGCCCAUCUUGAAGGCAUUUGGAGAUAUUGUCAGGUCCUUGAAAAAGUCUGCUGCCCUCUGGAUGGAUGCUUACUAUGAAUGAUGCAGAACUUUGCACCUAUUGGUAUCUCUGAAAUGGGUGGUGGCUGUGCAAGAGCUCCUCUCUGAUUAAGUGAGAAUUAACAGGAAGCAUUAGCAUAAGUGACUGUGCCAGGAAUGUGAAGGACACUUAUUAGCCUUUCUCUGAAGAUCUCUUCUGAAACUGAAUGGAAGAAAAAACACAAGGUGACUUCGGUCAGAAUACGAAAAGGGAAAUGGUAGUUCACUGUUUCUACUUUUCCAUUAGGGUUUUGGAGUUAGUUCCAGUAGACCUCAGUGAGAUUGUUUCUAGGUGGGGCAUAAGAAGAUGUGCACAGAAGCAGAAGUGGGAAAAGUAAAGAAUGUCUGAUA